AUGUUUUUAGUAUGCGCGUGCUGCCUGACGAUCACGCAUUGAGGAAGCUUUGUACUGUGAGAAUGUUCAACAUUAAUAGUAUUAUUUGAUCACAAUUUACAGUCAGAAUCAGUUGGUCUGGGAACCAGACUACAGCAUUAAUUGAGAGACUAGCUGCAGACAGAUCAGCGCAGUGCGGGCAUUGCGAGUAUAUAGUACGGUUUUUCUGCUGAGAGAUACGCACGAAGUGAAACACCUUGCAGCAGUAAUUAUCGGUGAACUAUGGGCGACUCUGAAUUACCAGCUGAAAUUAAGAAACUCAUAGAGCAAAGCCAAGAGGCCAAGACGCAUGCGUACUGUCCCCACAGCAAGUUCCAUGUAGGCGCUUCCCUGCUCACCAAAGACGGCAAGGUGUUCAAUGGUUGCAACGUGGAUAAUGUUUCACACUCAAUGUCGAUUUGUGCGGAAAGAUGUGCCUUCUUCAAAGCUAUAUCUGAGGGUCACAGAGACUUCAAAGCUAUCGCUGUGGCGAGUGAUAUGGCAGACAAGUUCAUUUCACCGUGUGGCGCUUGCCGACAAGUCAUGUAUGAAUUGGGUGGGAAAGACUUGGAGGUGUACCUGACUAAACCCGACCUGUCCUGGAAGCGUACGACCAUGGAGGAACUCAUGCCACUUCCCUUCGACGAGUUUAAGGUUGCAUCGAAAUAAGACGCUACGUAUACGUUCCUAUGACAACCAAAUGUUUGACUUGUGUUGUGUUUCUAGAUAAAAAAAAACCCAACAAAUUCUCAUUGUGAACGCGCUGUUAUCUUUAUUGGCUUAUUUAACUUUGCUCUGAAGAUGUGUCUAUUAAAGUUCUCUGUGCACCAUUACUUGUGAUAUGGCUGCGUUCGAUUAGCUAACAUGUGUUAGUAAAACGUACAUGAGAGCUUUGCUCGUACCCCCUGCCCUGCAAGGGCGGAUCCAGAACACAAUUUUUUUUG